UACAAGAUAAAAUGGAUUAAAGAAGUAUAUUAGAUGAUGUGUAAAAAUAAAAGUGGACAAAUACUCUGGGACACAGAGACUAAUAAAAAAUGAAAAAGACAUUAUCCACCCAUCUUUUGUUCGAAGCGAGCGAAGGCAUCCAGGCGCGGCUAAAUUCAUAAUUUGCCCAUGCGCCUCUUCAUCGUCAAGGAGAUGAGGUUUUCCUCCUCCCAUUUGAUCAUCUUCUACGACGAUUAUCAUCCCCCAUAUUUUAAGCAUCGCCGCGGAGAAAUCGUGUGAAAUCUUCCUCUAGGGAUGGGUUCUGCGAGCUUUACUUUCUGGGAUGAUUGCGUGGAUCCCCGGCAAUUGGAAGCCAUGUGGAGGGAUCCCGAUGUGGCUGAGGAAUGGGUUAGCGCUGGUGAGACAAAAGGAUCAAAAGUUCACCUGUCCCGAGACCACGAGGGUCAGCCUUACUUGACCCAAACAGAGAUGAAGGCAGUGUCGAGUAUUAUUGUUGGAAGACAUUUUGUUUCCCAGAUAGACUCGGAUAUGCUAUGUGCAAUUGCUGAACUUGAAAGCGAUAGGAUGCCACUUGCUACACAAUACAACAAGAAAACAAAGGAAGUUAGCAUGGGACUCAUGCAAAUCUCCCUGAAAACUGCCGAGCGGAUAGCCAGUGAAUUGGGGUUCCGGGCAUAUGAUGUGGCAGGGAACUCAAAGCUGUUAUACUAUCCUUUUGUUAAUGUGUAUCAUGGUGCUGCAUAUCUGAAGUGGCUGUCAAAUUAUGAGCAAAAAGAAAGAAGUGAAGAGUUCAUUGUGAGGGCAUACAAGGGUGGUGUUAAGAAGGCAGCUCACAAGUCAACUUUAGUGUAUUGGAAGCGUUACCUUUCUGUCAAGGAAAACCUUCCAUCCAGGAAUUUCUUUGAACUUCGUCCCUUGCCUUAUGCUCCUUCAACGUCUGCUGCUGCUGCUGAAUCAGAAAAAAUAGGGCUUGUCAAUAUAACUUGGGAUUCGCAAACUUCGGCACACGACAUGGAAGAGAUGUGGAGCCAUCCAAGUGUGAGCAAAGAAUGGAGCAAGUCAGGGGAGAAGCGUGGAAAUGUCCGAUUUUCUCAUGACAAAGAGAAGAGACCUUAUCUUUCAAGGGUUGAGCUCAGGGCAGUGGCAGAAAUCAUCAUCAACAAGUACUUCAGUGCUAGAGGAAUUAAGCCGGCUGUGUUGUGUGGAAUAGCAGAGAUAGUGUGUAGGCGGUAUGUGAAUGGAGUGGGGCAACGGGUUGGGGUGAUGGGGAUAGACUACCCCACCGCAGGGUGGCUGCAAAAGGAGUUGGGGUACAAGGCCUACAGGGUGGAGUCGGUGGAGGAGCUGAGGAGGCCAUUUGAGUCACUGUACUUUGGGGCAGCCUACCUGGCAUGGCUAUCCCAUUAUGAAGGAAGGGAAAGGAGUCCCCAGUUUGUUGUUCAAGCUUAUCUCUCGGGGCCUCAGAACGCCGCAAAUGUCCCAGAGGAGGAGGAGACAGGUCCCAAUUGGUUAAAAUUCCUGGAGGCACUGAGCCAUUAUUGUGAGGGUGAUGAUGAUUUCAAAAAGGAGUUGGGUUUUUGCACCAUUUUAUGACCCCUCAUUGGACUCUACCUCCAACUUGAAUCCUCAAAAAAAUACACUAGUAAAUUAUACUACCUCCAGCUCGGAGUAUUUGUUCAGUUUUGACUUUUUUCAGUCAACCGUUUUCAACAUUUGACUUAUAAUUAAAUUAUAUUAAUUAGAUCAAAUAAUAUUUUGAAAAUAUUUUAUAUAACAAAUCUAAUAAAGUAUCUUUGUAUCA